AUGAAGAAAUUCGAAGAGAUGUUUCCAAUACAAUAUGUGAAAGGACCCAGUCCACUUGAUGUCUACUUAAACCAAAUAGCAAGACAAAUGGUGGACCAUGCCUUUUCUAGUGCAGAGACCCAUCGUUCCAUGUUGACAAUGGAAACAGACAUUGAGACAGAAAAUGCUGCUUUGAAUUUGAAAGUACUCAAUAAAGACGAGGAAGACUCAAUACAGAGUACAGCCACCAAGUCUAGUGUUUUAGCAGUUUAUACAGCUAAUAUAAAUCAGGCUGAUGGUAACAUUGACAGUGGUAAAACCAAAAAAGGUAAAAAAGUUGAACUAAAACCAGAUUGUGGUAAAUUAACUGAUGGUAUAACUGAUGCUAUUACUGAUGAUGAAGCCAGUGAUAUGUAUGAUGAUCUGAUAAAACAACUUGGAUUGGAACAAGAGAAAUCUAAAGACGUUCCAGAUCAUCUGAACCCAUUUAAAUUAGGAUACUUAAAUGCCACACCACCACCACCUGUACCAGUAUCUCGAUUCAGGAGGAUAUUAAGAUCUAUUAGAAAGGCUAUAACAAGGCCAUUCAGUAUGUGUCGAAGAAGCAGCAGAUACACAGAAGACGAUGAUGAAGACUAA